AUGGAGUCAGACGAGAUUAUGUCAUCAGAGCACGAGGUGCAUACCUCGGAUUAUACUAGUACAGACGACGACGACUUUCAGCCGUUCGCACUACCUGACGGCGUUGAUGAGCCCAUCGUUGGUGGUCCUGCUGCGGAUCUUCCUCUCGCUCCACUUGGCGAUUUUCCUGUUGAUGAUAUACCUUUGUUAGAUGCUGACCAUGUUGUUGAUCCUCUUGUUGAUCCUCCGAUCGCUGUCGUUCCAGUUGACCCUCAUGUCGAUCAUAUUGAUCCUGUUGUUGCUCACGUUGAUCCUUUUGUUGACCCUCCGAUCGCUGACGUUCCAGUUGACCCUCAUGUCGAUCUUGUUGAUCAUGUUGAUGCCCACGUUGAUCCUGUUUUAGCUCCUGUUGAUCCCUUACCUAUUGAGCCCGAGCAUGCUCUGUUUGCAGAGCACAUGGAUCCCCCUGACGAGGAGAUUCCUUCAUUCGCACCUCCAGCGGGGCCUGGAGAGGGCUCUUCCGCCCAUCCAUUUGGCCAUGUACCGAUGCCAUUACCUGUCAUGCCUCAGAUAUCUCCUGUUUCAGCAUCCACUCCAUCUUUUCCUGUUAUGCCUUUUGGCACUGAGCUCGAGAGAGCUCAGAUGCCUCCUUAUUCAUGUCAUGGUCCGUCAUCCUCAUCUGCUCAGCCAUUUCGGUCUUUUCCUCCGGACAUUGCUGCUCGACUUUCGAUCCUAGAGCAGCAGAUUGCAUCCGUGAUCCGCACCCAGCAGGCCUUAGAGGAGGACUGGCUUCUUUUUCGCCGCUUGCAUUAUCCUGUCUAUCCUCCUCCACCACCACCACCCGUCUAG